AGUCUGGCCUUCGAACGGGCAGGAAGUGUUUUCCCACGAUUUCCACGAGAGGAAACUGAGGAAUCAGCAGGUGGAUAGUGGGGUGAGAAUGUUGGCAAAGAAAAUGUUGUUGUAAAUUUAUGUAAUACCUUCCGGUGAGGAAAUUUUUGGUAUAUUUAGGAUUUAUGCUAACGCUAAUUGACUGUGACGGAAUCCCGUCGCUGGAGCAGAACUCCCGUAAGGAACAUCAGUAAGUCAAAGGUUUGGAGCUUGCUGAAAGAGCUCAGCUGGGAUUCACAGAGGAACAGGGUCAGUUCCAGAGAAAUCUCGCCAGCGAGAAACUCCUUAUCAGCGCGCUCGUGUUGUGCAAUGUAAAAGUGUGGUUGUGUGCAAUAGCUGCGUAGGUGACACACUGUGAACUGGUGCAACUAUAGCCAAAGCAAGGAGUGAAUAGUGGGAGAACCUUGAGCUGCGAAGCUCCAAGCUUGUCCAGGACGCGACCUGUGAGCAAAGUGAACCAGACGUCCGACGCCCGGAGACUUUUUAAUCCAUUUCAAAACAACGAGAUUCAGUAAUAGAGAGAGUGUGAGUGAGGGGAAGGAGCUGCGACAAGGUAGAUCCGGAUCCGGUUCACGAUGGAUGAAGCAGUAGUGAUUUAGCAGAACCUUGCUCGCAUGGGAAAAGUUCAAACUGGUAUAAAAGCUGAAGCUGCUACAGUGCGAAUGGGAUCGAUAAAUUACAGAAAUAGUAGCGCGGUGGCGUAGAUUCCAAUGUGCUAAAUUGUGCUGAGUAAUAGAUUCUACCUCCGGUUCAGAGCAGAAGGAAAUAAAAGUGCAAACUGCAACGUUGAACUUCGCUGAACGAGUCCCCCAGGACGACCCCACGAGAAAAGCAGCAGCAGCAAACACUAUUGAGGUCUCGAGGCGCUCCGGGCCGCCAUCGUAGCCAUGAGUAACCACCGUGGUCAACCCACCUCCUCCACCGCCGUCCUCGACUUGUCCACCCCCAACGUGCACCCCGUGGACCGAUGGACCGGUCGUCCGGAACGUUCUUCACCGGUGGUGGCGGUGGCACGUACUGUCCCUACAGUACCGAUUCCAGCUCGUCGUCCUACGUGCGCCCGUUCGACACUGUAAGAGCGCUGCACGAGACGGUUGUGUCACUCAGGGAGGCACUCGAGGAAUCUCGGCGAGAGGUUGACCAGCUGCGCAAGCAGAUCAGCGUGAGGGAUACGGUUGAAGAGGGGAAGGACUUCAAAGAGGAGCAGGGCUCGCAGCAGAACCUGAACACCAGCGUCGAGUCGGAGGAGGUACGAGCGGCUGAAAAGAAGCAGAGACGGGUGAAGAAACGGUCUAAGGUUAAGGAGGAGAGUUCAUCGCCGGUUCCGCAGGCGGAACCAAAGCAAGAAUCGCCUAAGAAGAAACAUUUGUCAAAAGAUGGUAGUCAUCAGAAGCUGUCUGUAGUGCCGGACAUUCAGAUCGUUUCGCACCCCGCGUCGGGACAUUCCGCCAUGGCGUCUCGAAUUGACGUCAAGAUCAAGGUGUCCUCGAACAUCAACGUGGACGGGAGUAGCUCCGAAGCGGAUACUUCGGAAGCUGGGAAGGAGGACGUAGAAGUUAAGGAGCAAGACACUUCAGAAACACCAGAGGAUGAAGAGAAGACGAUCGCUGAAGAUCAUCCAAAGGAAGAUCAGGACAACGAGAACGUGACCGUUAGGGAAGAGUUUAUCAAGGGUGAUUCCUCGAACCUCAAGAUCAACCUGACAAACGAGGAAAGUUUGAGUGUCCGCAAGUCCACGGAAGGGAUCAAUAUCCGGCAGACUUCGUCGGAGAACCUGCACGUGGACGUUGACCGCCAGAGCAACGCAUCCAUAUCGGACGGGGACAAUUCGGUGUUUACGGAGGACGUUACGACGCCGGUCGAGCAGGAGCAGGGUGCCGCUGGUUAUACCGCACCCGUUCCGCGGCCAUCGGUCAAGAAGAGCGAAUCGGACAACCAGGAAGAGGUGGACGACAUCGAGUUGAUCUUCUCGUCCGACGAUAACAAAGACAUCGGCCAGGAGGAUCUGGUGUCAAUUUCUGACUUUGAACCGUGGCAGGAGACCGGACAGUCGGGCACGCCGGUGUUGAUCAAGUUCAAGGCACUUUCCUCGGACCCGGAGUCCAGCAAGAAGAACUCGAUGGAGCGUAGUGAUAGUGAGGUGGCGGAGGGGGAAACGGGCAGGGAUCUAACGAAGGGGAGAAGUUUGGAGAGCCAGGACUCGAAGAAGAGUUUGGAUUUCAGUGUAAAGUCUUCCAGCUUGGAGAAGGACAACAGUUUGGAGUACGGGGAUGUGCGGAGGGAUGACAGCUUCGAUACUGGUGCUACGGGAGGGACAAGUGCUUUGGGGAAACGGUGGACAAACUAUAAUGUGCUGAUCGAGACGGACAUAUCCAAGUGUGGUAUCGUGGAGGAGAACAUCCUGGAGAUGGGCCGAAGGAAUACGUGUCCCAAUCCGCCAGCUUACAGGCCAAUAAUCCACACCGGGUCGCGCUCCCCGGCCACCGCCUCCAACCGGAGUCCGCUGGCGGUCAAAUUCUCGCGCAGUCCCCGCACCUACUCACCCCACCAGUAUCUUCCGCCGGGGAAAACCCUCCGAACGGUAACUGCCGCUUACGAUUCCAGCGGCGCAGGUUCCGGACGAUCCGGAAUGACAGCAGCAGGUAUGAGCGACGAAGCCAAGCGAUCCCGGGCCGCCCAAACCGACAUUACGGCCCUGUCCCAGCAGUGGCGCUCCGAAACGCACCUGUCCGGGGCCGAGUACGGUGCCGGGCUGUACACGCUGCCCUCCAAGUAUGUCCCACCGCCGGCGGGGACCGGCGCUCGCAAGUAUUCGCUACGGCCAUCGGAUAAGACUCAGGAGGCGCGUCGAGUGCUGUUGAGCGAUAUCAACUUUACCAGCAUGGUGCCGGAGCUGUCCCGUUCAGCGGAUCAUCUCUGCCAGCACCAGCAAGAGUCGGAGGAGCACAAUGACGAGAACCGGUCGCCCAACUACUGCAAGGGCAACCUGCUCAAGACGCCGGAAGCCGGCAAGGGCAUUCCACCAAGCUUCAGCAUGACCUCACCCGGAGUGUCCCAGUGGACCGUCAACGAAAGUAGCAUCGCGACCCAGACGACCCAAACGGACGCCUACUGGGCGGAUCGAGGAGACUCGUUUGACUCGUCCAAGAGCUACUCGCUUGGUUCUCGCUACUCAACCCUGAGCAAGCACCACCGGUCGCGAAGUGUCCCCUCGAUCCGGUGCGCCAUCUGCCGCCAGAAUCACGCCUCAACCAGUCUACGACCGUCGGAAUCGAUGCACUACACCCCGCGGGUCACCUUCCAAGAACCCUCGCACAAGAUCCGCGGAUCGCUUCCAGAUCUCCGCCACGACUGUAACUGUCCCAGGAGGUAUGGCGGGCCGUCGCUCUAUCGGAUUCACGGAGAUUCCGGCGGUUCGACGGACAGUUUGCUAGAGGAAGCAGAGGACUUCCUAAGGCGGUCCAUCGAGGGGAACAUCAUGCUGGAGGACCCGGGAGGUGGUCACUGCGAGCCACCGCUGCCUCCGGCACCCCCGAUACAUCAUCACCACGUCGGACCGGCCAAGCAUCGACGGUGCUCGGAGAAUGACAUUCAACGAGAUUACAUCCCCUCGAAACAGGCACUGCCAUUUCUGCCAAAGACCGCCAAAUGUCUCAAACCGGGCCACCUGGCCAAGGUGAUAGCCCGCAACGGGCGUGUCGUGGUCGGCCGGGUGCGCUACAUCGGCCCACUGGUGGCCGCUAGUGCCGACGGAGUGGUUCAACCCACGGCGAACCCGGACGAGGCCUACGUUGGCCUACAGCUGCCCAACAACCUGGGCGAUUGCGACGGAUCGAUCGACGGAAAAAAGUUCUUUGAAUGUGAACCCCAGCACGGCAUAUUCGUCCCCUUCAAGAAGGUCGUCAUGGCUUGGAACUCCUAAAGCACCACUUCACAUAUACCUACUCGGUGGGAAAAAUCGACGGCUUUCGUUUGAAAGAAGGAUGAGGAGUGCGGCCUAUACAUUUCUACUGGAACCUGGAGGACAUCUCUUUGGUAUGGCUUUUGAUACGACGAGGGGAGAAAUAUUGUCAAACCGCGAGAUUUUUCGGGAAAAGCGAUAUUUCCAUCAAAAUUGAGUUGAUCAAUGUUCUAACGGAGGAUAAAGUCUGGUUCAAGUCAGGUUCAUAUUUUCAUGUCUCGCAAUUUAAAUAAAUAAUAAGUGGCUGCUGGUGAGGCUGCUACUGCGAAAAUGACGAUGAGAAUGUUGCAGAGGAAAUAAAGCGAAAAGUUGCCUAUCGAAAUUGGAGCGAAGCGACUUGGUGAUGAAAAAGUUGAAGCUGAAGCAGCUUCAGUUUGAAAUAACGAGCAGGGAAUCACAACAGCAGAUAGAUGCUGAGUAUAAGGACUCAUUGAAGUGGAAUUUUCGACGGUGGAAAUCGUUUCGGUAAUUGCCAUUUUUUGACUGUGUUUGUUGCAGUUUGUUGGAGAGGAAAUGCACGAUUUCAAAUAGUGAGACAUUGUAACACAAAUAAAAGAAUUCACCUAAUUAAACUAAAUACUUAAUACAACUAUGCCAACAUUCAUGCCGAUAAACUUUCCAACAAGUGUCACCCCGAAAAAUGAGCUGGAUCGCUGGUCCCAGCUGCUGGCCGUAAAAGUUUUGUUUUAAAUCAUUACUUCCCGUGGAAAUUCCACCGGAAAGCGUGGCUGAAAAAAGGGAAUGAAAAAAUCUCGCUAAUUAUUGAUUAAUUGAAGGAUGAAGCGGACGAGCAGAGUUCCGGGGCAGAACAAAUGAAACAAUAACAAAAAAUAAUUAUUCGAACGCUUGUGCGAUUGAAAAUGGAAGAAUAAAAAAGGCUGGGUCAAUGGAAUGUUUUUGUUUCGUACAAAAAAAUCAGAUGUGUACCAGGUAUUGUUUGCAUAUCUGUAGCAAUUUAAAGCUGAGAAUUUUGAGAAAAAACAACUUACGGGGAAGUUCUAUACUACUGCUUCCACCUAAAUGUCGGGUGUUUAUUAUUUUUCAAGACCUGAAACUAUUUUUAAUGCAAUGCGUAAAAUUCAAUGAAAAUUCUUAGACUAGACUAGUCGACAAAACGCAGUCACGCAGACUUGAAAAAUAAAAGUCGGGAAAUAAAUAAAUUGAACUGAACAAUAUUUGAAAAAAUCUGAAAAAAAAAUCACAAAUGCAAUUACAUAUAUUGUUCAAACAAUUUGAUCUUUUUUUUUUUAAAGAUAGAGAAAACUUUUAAAAAAUCUAUACGAUAAUAACAAAAUUCAUGCCAUUUCAAUAACAAAUUCUGUUAAAAUAACAGAAAGUGUUAUGGAAUCUUCCUGAAAAUUCAAUUUUUGCAUAAGGGUUAAAUAACAGUUUAUGUUAUCAUAACAAAAUUUGUUAUUGGUCUGAUAUUGGUUGAAAGCCAAAACAACUUUGGAAUAACAUUUUUUGUUAUGGAAGAAUAACUCCAACUGUUAUUGGGAUGAUCGGAUUAGUUGUUAAAAUAACAAAAAAUAAUAACAAAGAUUUGUUCGAAGAAUAACUAAAAGUGUUAUUAGUCUGUUAUUACAAUAACAAUCCAAUAACAAAAAAAUCAUAACGACGAAUAACAAAUCUUGUUAUAAAUAACGUAAAAUGUUAUUGGCCUAGUAUUUUCAAAUAUCAAAAAAUGUUAUUCCCAAGUUAUUUCGUCUGAUCGGGUAACCAUCAAAAAAUUCAAAAAUGAUUCAAACUAAUUAAAAGGAAAAUAAUUCAUCUCGCGUACUAAUUCCAAUCUAUCUUAUAUGGAUAAAAAAUAUCUUACAUGAAAAUAAAAAAAAACAUCUCUGGCAAUAUAAUUUGCGAAAAUCCGAAGAUUUUUCCUGUGUGCGAAAUAAGAUUUGAGCAAUUGAAACAAUUCAAACAAAAACUUUUGAAAAUGUUCGAAUACAAAAACGGAUAUGUUAAAUGUUCUCCAAAACGUGAUUUUCACCGAAUUUUGAUAAGUUUAAAAGUAAUAAUGAUUUUUUUUCAAGGAUUUUUAAAACUCUUAAAAACAUAAUUAUUUUUUUAAUGAAAAUGGGUAAGAGUCGUAAAAAGGACUGCUUUUUAUUUAUUUUUUACACAGAGCAUUUUUUCUAAAUUAGAAGUUUCAUCAAAUAAGUAUUCCUGAAAAAAUAACAAUUUUGUUAUGAAACCAUGUACAAUAGUUCGUCAACUACCUGUUCAAAAUAAAUUUUAUAAAUAAGGAUCUUUCGAAAUUUUAAUAAACUAUCAUUUUUUUUUCAAAUGGGCCACAAGUGGGAAAAAUUUUAAUUUUGGUUCCUCGUGUAGGAACAUACGUAAUUUUUUGGAAAAAAAACAUAUUUAAUUCAUGAAUUCUUAGAUUUUAUGAUUUUUUUGGCAGAAGCUUAACUGUAAUCAUGCCUUAAACACUUUGUGAUACGUUUGCUUAUAUUUUUUUAACUGAAGCUUAUUCUGUUUUUUUUUUCAUUUAAUUUUAAGCUAUAGAAGCUUGAAUUUCAAAAUUGUAUUUUAUUUCUUCUUACUGAUUUAAUUGGAGUUGUUUAACACCAAAUUUAUCUGUAUUUUGCGCAAAUACUAUUUUUAAGUUGUUCCCAAAUAAAUAAGGUUGGUAUAAAUUUUGUUUUAUUUUAAUGUUCAUCGGCUCUUAUCGAAUUUGGAGGGGGGGGGGGGGAAAUAACAAAAUUCAAAAUACCGAGAAAAAAAAUAAAUUUGUCCAAAUAUAUCCAAAUAAAAAUAUUUGUCUUCAUUUUUUAAUGCAAAAUUAAAUUUGCAAUCAGAAAAUACUAAUUUAUAAAAUCUGGAGUUUUUUUAAAGGUCCUAUAAACUACUGUGUUUCAUAUGUUUAUAGAACCUAUUAAAAAAACUCUAGUAAUACAUUAUUUUCAAUUUAAAGUUAGGUUGGUACAAAUUUUAUUUAAGUUUGUUACCCCUCGGCCCAGAUCGUAGCCCAUGGGAAGGCAUAAAAAUAACAAAAAAAAAAACAAAAUUUCAAAAUUCAAGUCUAAUUUAAAAAAAAAGGUGGAAAGUAUCACAAAAUAUCAAAAACUGCUACUAUCAAAAAUUUGCAAAAUAUCAAUGAAUCUAUGAAAAAAAAAAAUCUAAAGAUGAAAAAGUCUGUGAUCCCAAAAUUUAAAAUUUGCAAAUAAAAGUCUUUGUUUUGUUUGUUUUUUACAAUCGUUUUUACAUUUUGUUUUUUCAAUAAAUGUGUGAAAUUAUGAAAAUAAUUUCAGGAAAUUUUCCAAUUUUUCAUGGAAAAGUAUUUUCCAUAUUUAGGAAAGAUUUAAACAUUUGGUUAGAUUUUAAAAUUUACAAAAAAAAAUUUUUUGAAGGAUUUCAGAAAUGAUUCGUUUUAAACCAGUGUUUCUCAACCGAUGAGGAAUUCCCCCUGGGGGGAAUUUGGGCAUUCUUGGGGAGGAAUGAGGAUGCAAAAGAAAUUCAAAGUCUUUAACGUGUUUGCAAAAAUUAAAUCGUUUUCUGAUACUUUCUUAGCAAUCUUUCAUGUUUUCAUAUGAAUCACAAAAAUUUUGAUCAGUUCGUUAAAAUAUUUGAAAUAGGUUUAUUUAAAAAAAAAUCAGGGUUUUUUUUGUAGUUUGUCGAUCAUGAUCAUUUUCAUUCAUUUGUGUUUUUGCUGUUGUUUCAAUCUCAGUUGCUCUUUAAAAAAAAACUUUUGAAUUAUUUUUUGUGAGUUUUUGUAAUUUUCUAUUAAGUGAGUUUUGUAAUUUUCUAUUAAAAUUUUAUGUGGUUUAUGCUGAACAAUAAAACAAAAUUUUUCGUAUAUUAAAACUGAAAGUUCGAAUUUUCGGUUGAAAAACAGUUCUUUGAUUAAAAAUAAAAAUUUAAAAAAUAAAAUCCAAACAACAAUUUUUGUUAAAUUGAAUUCUGUCAGGCUUUAAAAAUAUGUUUUAUAUGUUUUUUUUUUUGUUGUGCUAUUUCAAUCAUUACCAAAGUUUUUUUUAUUCCCAAAGAUCUUUAUGUUGCGUUCAGCUCUUUUUUAAAUACUUAAGUCUUUAAUUUCUUCUUAAAAUAAAACUGUUUCAACUAUUUUUGAUUGAAUCAGACCAAUCGAAAAGAGCAAAAGUUGUUCAGUUUAUUUCACAACCACAAAUUCAAAAUUUUUGUAUGAUUCAUUUACUCAUGAUUUUAAAACAUCAAUCUUUUAUUAAACAUUAAAUCCAAAAUUAUGUUAUUUAUUCAAUUAAAAAAAAAAAGUUAAAAACGAGGAAGGGGGGACAGAAGGUCUUGCAUAUAAGCUAAGGGGGAAUGCAACGAAAAAGGUUGAGAACCACUGUUUUAAACGUUAAAAAUCUGCCGAAUGGUCUCCAGCUAUUAAAAAAAAUAGGUUUGGGAAUGGAUUAAGAUGGACACUAUUUCAAAAAAAAAAUCAAAAAUAUUCCUUUUUUUAACCUUUCUCACUGAAGAGAGGCUAUAAAACUUUUUAAUUUGACUAGACCCACCUGUAUUCAUACUUAUUGACUCAGAAAAAAAUCUAAGCAAAUCUCGGCCUUGGCUGAACGAAUUUUGUCCGGAUGUGGUCUGUUAAGUCCAGUUUCGGAUCCCACAGCUAGAUAUUGAAAAUUGUAAAGUUCCAUUUAGUUAUAAAAAAGUUAUGAUGAAUGAACUAUUCAGACUCUUGCAUUUUUUUUAAUCGGAAAAUUACUCUUUAAUACGAAAUUACAAUAUAAAUGAGAAAAAGGCAUCAACCACCUAAAGGUGGAUUAUGUAACGUUUUUACCAUAAAUUGGGCCUCAAAUGGAUAUAAGUUGAAAAUGAUGAAUAAUUAUACCUUUCCAAUUCCAAAUUAGAUUUUACAUUAAAAACUUGUUUAAGGUAAGAUUUGCAAAGAAAAGUUUUAAGGGCAUUGUAGUUAUCCCGUUUCUACGCUUUUCAGAUAUUUCUAGCAAAAUUUGUCAAUUUUUGGAUUUUUUUCAAAAUUAUGUUUAACCUUAUAAAAAAACAAGUUUUUAUUAGUAUUUGAUAAUUUUACCUAAAUAAAGUUCUUUCAAACGAUUGAAAAAAAAAUGAGUUUUAAUCAAGAUUUUUAUAAAUUAUUUGAGAAUCAACCAAAGCCAUUCUGUAAGCUUUCCCGAAGCAGCCCUUCAACGUUCUAAUCAAUAAAUCCAUCAGCUUCGGCAGCAUUCCCUCACAAAUUCAGCUCCCAUCGCACGAACCAGCCAGAACGCAACUUUUCCAGGAAGGAUUAAAAGCUCCAUCGCGCCCUCCUCGCUCCAGCAACCGCCAGAAACGUGCGCGAUAUCCCGUAAUCCGAUGAGGAGGCGUCUCUUUGGUCUCACAUUUCCAGGAAUAACUUUCUCCAGCGAAAUUUGAUAAAUAUAUUUAGUCGAGACACGGUAUAGAAGCACGGGAAAGGAUUUACAAUCAAAGCUUUAAGGAAGAGACUUAGAAAAUGGUGGUGAAAGCAGAGGCAAGAUUUGUAACAGAUAAAAACUAAGAUUUCAGUAGAAACAACAACAGUUCAAACCAGUUUGAGCACAAAUGAAAAACAAACUAACUGUAUUGCAAACACCCUCAACCCGAAAAAAAUCGAAGAAAAUAUCUAAUGUUGAAUGUUUAAAGAAGACAGGAGUAAAACCAAGUAAUAUUACUAACUUAUAAAUGUGUACGUUAACCGUGUUAUAACCAACUCAACCCAACAAGCAAAUAAGAAUCCUUGAAAUCAAACUAAUCACACAGACUCAAAUCGCCACCAUAUUUUUGAUAUCAGUGUUUGUAGUGCAGGAGUUUCCCAACUCCGUUUAGCAAAAAUCUCCCUCACACACACAAUCCGCUCAACAAAACUGGCCUUUUCUGCGCAGAUCUUUCCCAAAAACUAAAACAGGAGCCUAAAAGCUGCAACACUCCCCCAAAAAAAAAUGAGUAGAACAGAAGAUAAACCAACAAAGUAUAACCAAAGAUGCUAGUCAUUGUUGUAAAAUUUUGAUGUGAACAAACACAGAAGAAACAUAAAUAUAAAUUAAAUCAAGUGUUAUUAUCUCUGUCGGACGAGCGCGCCUGCGGCAGAGUAAAUUGCUACAAAGUGUAUUGACAACAGAAAAUAUAUAUUAAAUAUAUGCGUAACUAUUAAGCCUAAGCAAAUGUGUGUUACUGAUUUUCACGUUCGCCGGAAAAGGGAAAUCUUAAAAGAUGUGGUAAGACAGAAAGGAAACGAUUUCGAAGCAGAUUGAAUAAAAGAAAUGCGCAAGUAAAAAAAAUAUGAGUGUUUCUUUUUUAUUAAAUCUUUCGUUUGCUUUUAUUUACAUAAAAAAUAAAUUUAUUCGUCUUUGUUCUGUUGAUCCAGCGAAAAAAGUGUUUGCUUUUCUAUACAAAAAUAAACAUUCCUCCUAGAAAAAAGUGCUUUCAGAAGCUGCAUUGUCACGGCUGUUUUUUUGUUUUCAUCUUCUAACUAAUUUCCCCUUAUCGUGCACUAGCGAUAAAGAGUGAAGACUGGGCGCUAGAUUCGUUCUAGUUUGUUCUACCUGGCUAGUG